GCAUCAUUUGCGCUGUGCAUUCGACAACGACUUGAACUGGGCGCAAUCUACUCAACACAAGCGAAUCAAGAAAGCACAUCAUAAUGCAAAGGCAGUUGUGGGGAGCAUCGCUGCUUCUACUAUUGAUUGGCCUGGCAAUCGCUGGCGAGGUUGCACCGCAAGGUCGCAUUUGGGGUGGUGAAGAGGCGCUUGCCGAUGCAGCACCCUAUGCGGCAUCGCUCCGGAUUGAUAAUGUGCACAUGUGCGGCGCUAGCAUUCUGUCCGAGACGCAGCUUCUCACCGCCGCCCAUUGCUGCUAUCGAAAUGGUAAACUUAUUGAUCCUAGUCGCAUUACCUGUCGCGUUGGCAGCACCAAUCAAUAUGCAGGUGGUCGUAUUGUGAGCGUUGCUUCCAUUACAUCGCAUCCGGAUUAUGACAAACUGGACAACAAUCUGGCCAUUAUUACGCUAACGACUCCCUUAGUCUUUACGGACCGCAUAAAGGUAAUUGAGCUAGUCGAUAAGAACGAUCCGCUGCCAGCAGAAGGUACUGUAAUCAGCGUUUUUGGCUGGGGCCACACCGUCGAUGGUACGUCUUCGUUUAAGAUACGCCAGCUCAAUUUGAAGCUAGCCACGGAUGCGGCUUGCCAGGAUGCGUACAGUGAACACGAUGCGACCAAAAGCGUAUGUUUGACCCAUACCCUCAAGGAGGGCACCUGCUAUGGCGAUGGAGGCGGUGCUGCCGUUUAUCAGGGCAAACUUCUGGGCGUUAGCAACUUUGUGGUGGGCGCCUGUGGUUCACGCUAUCCGGAUGUCUUUGUCCGCACUGCCGGCUUCUCGGAUUGGCUGCAGCAGCAGCUUCAACACUAGCUCUGAACCCCGGAAAGCAAAAAUAAUAUGUACAUAGUAUAUCUUAAUAUAUAUACAAAGGACAUAUUCGUUUUGCUUUCAUUUUGAUCGACUCGAUCAUAGUCUGAUAAGCAUGCGUUAUAGCCGAUAAGGCUAUGCGCAAUAUGCGCUACAAUUAAGGUGAGGUGUUAUUGUUAAGAACCUUGAUAAAUACAAAAUGGAUCGAGUUGCCAAACUGACUGACAGAUAAGGGAUCAAGUCCAUGCAAUUAACCUUU